GCUAGAGCCGCGAAAAUCAAAAGAAAAGGAAAACGGAUGCGAUUUUGGGUCUGGAAGAUAGAAGAGAUCGCGUCGUCGAUGUCUUCGGGUCUGGAAGAAGGAAGAGCUCUGCGUCCUCGUCUUUGGGUCUGGAAGAACUGGUAGAUCUUGUCCGUCUCUGUCCGUCGACUUCGUGUGGGUUUCUCCGUGGCUAGCUUCAAGUUUGAUGCUAAAAUUUUCAGCAUUAACUGCACAAGCUAUAGCAGCAAGUGCUCAGUCAGCUUGUUGGAAUUUUGGGGUUUUGUUUUAAGCGUUCUCCUUGGGAUUGUCAGCAUGGAAAAAGGAGAAGAACACUCAUCUUCGCUAACACCAUCUAGCUCAAAUCCUCCAAGCGUGGACAUCCCCAAAACUGCUCCAAACCUUUCAAAUUACAUGCACAGUUGGCAUGGACCAGUGCCUGCAUGGUCACCGGCUUUUAUGCCAUAUCCAGAUGGCAACCAAUAUCCAAGCAACAUUCAGAAUGUUAGUUACCAAUUUCAAUAUGGUAUAGGACCUCCGAUUCCUCUCAUCACUACAAGCUCCACAACGAGUUCAAGAGUUCGUAUAGAGGAUACACCUGAUUGUAAGGAAAUUGAAGCGCCAUGUACUUCCUCUAAAGUUGAUGAGGAAAGUAAAGAGGAUGGACCAGAUUCACGGGAAAUCGAGAAUGGCAGUGCUGGGACACCUGGGUGUGUCCAAAUGGAUGAUGGUGACAUGAUUGAGGAGCCCAAGUCGGGGAUGGAAUUUAAUUCUUUUGAAGAAUUAAUGAGCUAUUACAAGCAAUAUGCUAAGAAAUGCGGGUUUGAGGUGAUGACAAAAAGGAGUGAGAGGGGAGAGGAUGAGACUGUUAGAUAUGUCACUCUUGCUUGUGCCCGUGGUGGAAAGGCUCGAAAUAGAACAUUGAAUGUCACCAAACCACGUCCGACAGGAAAGACAGAAUGUAAGGCAAAAAUUAAUGCCUUAAAAGUUGAGGGAAAAGUGCGGUUGACAACAGUUCAUAAUAUCCAUAAUCACAAUCUCAGUUUACAGAAAUCUCGUUUCUUUCGAUGUAAUAGAGAAAGUGUGACUGUAAAAAGAGUCGUAGAUACAAACGACUUGGCUGGCAUCCAACUAAACCUCCCAUGUUUGGAAAACAAUUGUUGUAAUUACAUCGACAAUGCAAGACAUCUACGACUUGGGAAAGGUGGUGCUGUAGCGCUUCGAGAGUAUUUUCUUAGGAUGCAGUACAAAAAUUCUGGAUUUUUUGCAUUGAUGGAUUUAGAUGAUGACGGGAGGUUAAAGAAUGUCUUCUGGGCAGACUCCCGUAGUAGGGCAGCCUACCAAUAUUUCGGUGAUGUGGUUACAUUCGACACCACAUACCUGACGAAUAGAUAUGAGAUGCCCUUUGUACCAUUUGUUGGUAUAAACCACCAUGGACAGUCAAUUUUGUUGGGAGUAGGAUUGAUUUCCAGUGAAGAUACAGAGACUUUUGUAUGGUUAUUCCAGACCUGGUUGCAAUGUAUGGAUGGUAUAGCUCCGAAAGCUAUUAUCACAGAUCAUGACAUGGCGAUAAAAAAUGCAAUUGCUAUUGUCUUUCCAGAAAGCCGACAUAGAUUUUGCCUGUGGCAUAUAUUGAAGAAAGUCCCUGAAAAGCUUGGCUCUCAUGGUUCUUACAAAAGUGGGCUGAAAAAUGCAUUGAUGAAAUGUGUGUAUGACACCCAAAGUGUUGAAGAGUUUGAGAAAUGUUGGGAUGAGUUAAUCACAACGUACAACUUGCAUGAAAAUGCCUGGUUGCAAAGUUUAUUCGCUGAGCGUGAAUAUUGGGUACCAGCAUUCUUAAAAGAGUUUUUUUGGGCUGGAAUGAGUACAACUCAGCGGAGCGAGAGCAUAAAUACAUUUUUUAACGGUUAUGUGAGUUUAAACUUGAAAGAGUUUGUCAACCAAUUUGACAACGCAUUGAAAAUGAAAAUUGAGAAUGAAAAUAGCGCGGAUUUUCACUCAUUUAAUGUCGCAAUUCCCUGUAUAUCUAGAUCUCCAAUUGAAAAAAGAUUUCAAGAUUUGUACACGAAUGCAAAAUUCAAGGAAGUUCAGCAGCAACUUACCGGCAUUAUUGAUAUGGAUCCAACUUUACUUAAGAAGGAUGGUGCAGUAAAGACCUAUCUGGUUGAGGAUGAAGUUCGUGGGGAAGAGUUCACUAAGCUGGUUACACAUUCUGUGGACUUUAAUGAGGAAGAUACAGCUGCAAAGUGUUCAUGUAGGUUAUUUCAGAUGAGGGGGAUAUUGUGUAGGCACAUUUUGGCCGUAUUCAAGUGUAAUAGGAUAAAAUCUUUGCCAGAUAGGUAUAUUUUAGAUCGAUGGAGGAAGGACAUCAAAAGAAGAUACACAUUCAUCUAUAGUAGCUAUGACUUAGGGGAUCAACGGGCAGAUGCUAACAGAUAUUCAAGUCUAUUGAAUAUCUGUUAUCAAAUGAUUACUCAUGCAGCGGGUUCGAAAGAGCAUACUGAGGAUGCAACUAAUAAGUUAUAUGCAAUGAUUGACUUAUAUCGUAACAACCAAGAAUCCCCAUCGAUGACCCUAACGGGUUCCAAUAUUGGUUGUACGACAAAGGACACAACUACAGCCGGUAGUUCAAAGCAAGUAUUCAGUCCACAUGUUGUGAGACGGAAAGGCAAACUUCCAUCUCUGAGAAGAGCAUCUAGGAUGGAGAAAGAUGUGCGGAAAGUUAAAGUAAAGACGAAGAAAGUACCAGUAAAAGGGAAACGUAAACAGCGAGAUGGAGAAGAUACACCAGUCGUGGAUGCUUGCAAAAAUUUAUGUGGCCCAUCAGAAAUAGAUAUUUCCAAUAUUGGUGGCCUGCAGGCUAGGUUCCAGACAACUCAGCUUUUGAUAUUAGUGGAACCCAGCCCCAAGAAACAAUGAUUGUGAGUCAAGAAAGUAUGCAAUUUGGGUUAGAUGGAUCACAACCGGUGCAACUUGAUUUGGAUGGAUCACAACCAGCACAAUGAGAUGGUUUAAUUUUAAUAUUCAGAAAAUUUUUGUGCAUUGAAUGCAAUUCAUGAACACAUGACAGAGCACAUUUUUGUGUAUUACGUAUUAGAACUGUGUAUUGUGUAUUGGAAGCAAUGGCUAUAUUAUAUUGGACAAUUAUUUGUAUUUUUGGAUGGAUAUCUUUUUAUUUGUAGUUAUUUUUGGAUGGUAUGAAUUUUUAUGUGUGAAAAUAUGAUGUUGGUUGCAGGUGCAAUUAUAUGAGAGCAAUGAUACGAGUUUGUGCAA